CAUCUCGGGCUGCCCAAGGCAUACACAGUUGGUGCGGAGAAGUCUCAAACGAGAGUACGACGUUGCGCAGACAUCUUGUAUCGUUUGCGGACUCUUGCGGACUCGAGGUAGCGAGGUUGGAAACCAAAAUAAAGAUAAAGUAACGAAUAAUAUAAACAAUAGAAGGGCGGUCGGCAGUCAAUGAACCAAAAUAGUUCAAUUGCGGCGCGCAGAGCUCAUAAUUGGUGCUAAUUGAUUUGAUUGGUCCCCGCGAGGUUUGUUGCGAUCGCGGCAAACGCAACGUGAAAUUUUCUGGAGGAUACUUGCCGACGGCAAGUGCACCUCGCUGCAAAUCCGUGUACACUCGAGGGUUCAGACGGUUAAAGGACGGUACGCGAUUGUUUCGUUGAUCACAAAAUGCUGUGUAAGGUUCGUUUUAUAAUAGUGGAAUUUGAUUCAAAAUAAUCGGAGUGAUGAAAAAAAUGUGAGCGCUAGGAAAGUGCCGGGAAUGUGAGUAAAUUUCGGUUUCGUUUUGGGAACGAGCAAGAGUUUGUGACCUUUUCGAUUUAAGGAAGGGCAAACGAGAAGGGAAAAGGAGAGUUUUUUUUUCCCUAGAAAUGAAUGGAUAGAUUACCUGAUUCUACGGUUCGUGCAUUCCAUUGAGAUAUUUACGGAGAAGCCCAAGGAGACAAGCAGUAUUGUGAAACCGAGAGAAACAGAGUGAAAAUGAUGGAUAAGUGAUUUGAUAAGUUUGGAUUCACGUGUGUUUGGAUUAUCUAUUAGCGUGUAUACUAACAACGACGACAACGAUGCCGGAAAAAGAGACUUUCCACGAGCACAUGCAGGUGCAUCCGUUCCAUCAUCCUGGCCAUCCGCUGGCGGCGGCUGCCCACCAUCAUCCGGGCCUUGCCGCAUCGCACGGAUUGGCUGCCGCGGCGGCUGCGGCCAACGGAGCCAGUCCGGGCGGCGGCGGUGGCUACAAUCCGCUGCAGAUUCCGUCGGCAUUCGUAGCAUUCCACUCCCAGCUGCCCUCGAUGGACCAGCGGGCAGCGGCCCAUGAUGGACGCUACGGGACGCUCUGGGAUCCCACCGGGCCGCCUUCCUAUCACCACUCCGGUCAUGGACUGGCCAGCAAUGCAAAUUUCGCCGAGUUGCAAUUUUUAAGCGCCCGUCGAGCUGCCGUUGCCGCAGCGGUGGCAAGCGCAGAGGCCGCCGCCGCCGCCGCCGGUACCGUUCUACCGCCACCACCACCACCACCAUCGUCCCACCCGACCACGGUUUCACCCCCGGCCACAUCCGGCGGCAGCAAUAGCGGCGCAAACGGAGGCGCCGCUGGAGGUUCCAGUCCCGGUCUGCCCUCUACCAAUGGUGGCAGCCCACCCGGCGGCGGUCCGCAGUCUGCUGGACAGACCACACUACCGUCGGUACCGGCGGUACCACACCCAGGGGACUUCCAUCCGGCGUACAGGAUACCCGGCUACAUGGAGCAUCUGUACUCGCUCCAGCACGCGUCCGCUUCGUUGCAUGGUCUCGGUCUCACCUCCGAGUAUAUCAAUGCACGAAACGCCAUCGCCGAUCUGCACCCGGCCAGCUCGCUGGCGAGCGCCGAUUUCCACUUCAGCAUUGAUGCGGCCAGCAGACUUAACAGUCCCCGGCCGGGAAGCAUACGAGCCAGCGUUAGCCGCAAACGGGCCCUGUCCACAUCGCCCUAUUCGGAUUCGUUCGAUAUCAGCUCGAUGAUACGCUACUCGCCCAACUCUCUGGCCUCACUGGUUAACGCGUCCCGCAGCAGUAGUACCAGUGGAUCGUACGGCCAUCUAUCAGCGAGUGCGCUCGGACCAGCUCUGGGCGUUCACAGUGCGAUGCCACCACAUCUGCAGCAUCUGCUCAGAAGUAGCGGCUUUCUGCAUUCCCUCCCAGGACAUCAUCCCCCAACGAGCAAUAUGUUCUCACUGCCACCGCAUCAUCCACUGCAUCCCGGACACUCCCUAACGAAGCCACAGCAAAUCACCGAUCUCUCGAGCAAGAAAUCGGAACAGCCGACCUCCUCGAACCAGGUGGCUCGCGUAGAAGCGGACAGCGCGAGCAAUGCCCAGCAGAAAAAGACACGCGUCAAGCGGGAACCUUCCGGACACGUCCCGAUGCACAAGGGCAGCCCCCCGAAUGGUUCGGCCAUGAUUACCUCCAACCACCAGCUCAGUCCGACUUCCACCCAGGGUAUGUCAUCGCACUCAACGGCGGCGUCAUCCACCACUCACCACAACGGAUCCCAUGGGCUUCACCUGAGCCCAAUGCAUGGGAUGGAGAGCAACUGCGGAGGUGGUUCCAAGGUGGACUCCACCGAUCCCAAAGAUGAACCGGGCGAUUUUAUCGAGACGAACUGCCACUGGCGGGAUUGUACGCUGGAGUACAACACACAGGACGAGCUGGUCAAGCACAUCAACAACGAUCAUAUACACGCGAACAAGAAAUCCUUCGUCUGCCGGUGGGAGGACUGCUCGCGGGAUGAGAAGCCCUUCAAGGCACAGUACAUGCUGGUGGUACACAUGAGAAGACACACGGGCGAGAAGCCACACAAGUGCACGUUUGAAGGUUGCUGCAAGGCCUACUCCCGCCUGGAGAACCUCAAAACACAUCUUCGAUCACACACCGGGGAGAAACCGUACACCUGCGAGUACCCGGGCUGCAGCAAAGCUUUCAGCAAUGCGUCUGACAGGGCGAAGCAUCAAAAUCGCACCCACAGCAAUGAGAAACCUUACGUUUGCAAAGCUCCCGGCUGCACCAAGCGCUACACGGAUCCGAGCUCCCUGCGGAAGCACGUGAAGACUGUACACGGGGCGGAGUUCUACGCGAACAAAAAGCACAAAGGUAACGGUCAUCAUGGUGGCAGCAGUGGUGGCCACGGCGGACACGGAAGUGGCGGAGACGGAGGUGACGAUGGUGAGGGUUCGAACCACAUGUACGAUGGAAGCCCACGCAGCGAGGAUAUGCAGAGUGGCAAGACGACGAGCAUGAGCAGCCCCAGCAUCAAGUCCGAAUCGGAUGCCCACUCGCCCGGACAGCCACCGAUCAACAGUCCGAUGUCGAUAUCGGCGCUCACUGCCGGAUUGGUGGACGAUUACGACGGCGGAAACAUGCAGCUGGGCAGUUUGGGUACCAUGGAUGACCCUGCGUGGCCGUAUGUGGAUGAGGAUCUCGAGGUAGCCGAUUUGCCCUACGUUCUGCGCGAAAUGGUCGAUCUCGGUGGUCCAACGGCAACUGCAACGGCUGGAGUCCGUUCGGGUGGACCACGACAUCGUUUGAAAAACCGCAUCAGCAACAAGGGAUCCCUGGUAAGCAACCCACUGUCAAACAUCCCGGAGAUUAACAACCAACGCAACCAUUUCGGUUUGGGUGAACUGAACCGGAAGAUCACUGAUCUCAAGAUGGAACCAGGUACAACGCCUCCACCGAUGUCAUCACCGAUCGCCAAGAGCUGCCUGACUGAUCUGGGUAACCUGAGACCUCCGACUGGUCCAUCGCCUGCAUGCACGAAUACAAUGAUGACGAAUGCCUACCUCAAUCCGGCGCAGAAUCGCAGGGAUAGUAACAACAGUACAACCAGCAGCUCGUAUUACAGUAUGCGAUCGGCGGACAUUAGCCGUCGUAGCAGUCAAGCUUCCCAGCAGAGCUCGAUAUCGACGAUGCGACCCAUCAGCUACUAUAACUCAUCGUUCUACGACCCGAUCUCGCCGGGUAGCUCGAGGCGAUCCAGUUCGAUGUCGACGGCCACGAACACCGGUGGUCAAAGUUUGCCGCCGCCUCCAUCCUCGCAUUUGAUCUCAACACACCUGCAGCGAUUCAAUCACAGUUUGAUGGGUAACGCAGCGGCCGGAUCCUCUAGACAUUCGAUUCCGAACAAUCUCGGCAGUGGUAACUACUACCAACAGCAGCAGAUGAUGUUGGGUCAAAUCGACCGAAGAUUGUCGGAACCGGUAGCAGCCAAUCAAAAUAAUGCUACUGGAGGAAGAUUUGGUCAAGCCUUCGGAGGACCCUCGCGGCCUAGCUCAACUGCUCCUAGGAGUAGUACCGUCACGUCAGGAGCCGCGGCGAAGGUACCAUCGCCUCCUACGGGAAAAUUACAUCCAAAUCAGGAGGUGGUCUUGGACGAGGUCGAGGAAGGCGAGAUGGUGGAAAACAAGCUAGUUAUUCCGGACGAAAUGUUGCAGUAUCUCAAUCAAGUGGCUGACCAGGAAAAUAAGACGACAAUUCCCCAAGGAAUGUCUACACCGAAUUCCGCCACCGCACCCUCAGAUACGGUAGGAGCGUGUGGUUGGAAUCAGAGCGAUAAUUCUCCUCAAGGAUUCACAGCGAAUCCAAUGCAACCACCUCAACCACAACAGCCGGCAUCGUUCAACAAGGCUCAGACAAACCUCAAUAAUGUGCUGAUGAGUCCCCAAUCGCAGUACAGCAAUGACGACUGCAGUCUCAUGAGUAACGUGAUGUCUCCUCAAACGCCCCAACAACCGAUGAUGUCCCCAAUGAUGCCCGAGAGUGCUGUCGCCCCGCGAACCCCCUCCAACUACGGACCACAGCCUCAACAAGCCACUCAAGUUCAGUGCCAAAUGCAAAACUUCAAUGCCACUAUGAACAGCAACAAUCGCAAUGGAUGCUUCCCUCAGAGUCAGCAGGUUCCGCAACUUCGGCAGAUUGCAUGCUCAAACCUCAUCGGUUAUUACCACCGAACGGAUCAAAGUGCACACCACUGCUGUCUGGCAAUGAUGAUGCAGGGUGCGCUCCACAUCAAUCAACCCUCCGGCGGAUCGGGACCUUCCGCCAACAAUUCCCAACAGUACAAAAACCCAUUUAGUGUUAAUUUUAAUUCAAACUUCCAAUGCCAGCGAGGCCAGCCUUCUGUUGCUCCCGUGCAACAGCAGCCAUCAACCACCACCACGGCAACAGCAUCGAACGUGGAAAUUCAAUGCGGAGACAUCAGUCAAUCGCAAAUGUCUCCAGCGGUAGCGGCAAGCUUGGUACCGACUCCGAGCUCCGCCGCACUCGGAGUUUCGGCCCUCCAGCAAGCCCCCAAACCCAUGGAAAGCAGUCUCCAAACGCCUCCUCUUCCUUCCACCCCCGUCGGCUUCGGAGAACCACCGGCAGCUGCUACGGCCCCAGCCGUCGCAGUCGUCGCCACCGCCACCGCCGCUGCCUCCGCUAACGGAACCCAAACCGCAAUGGGCUCGGAGACCUACCAGCGUACGCUGGAAUACGUCCAGAACUGCCAGAGCUGGGUCGAGUCCGCAGCGGACAUCGUAAGCAGCAGUACCCAUCCGGCGACGACGGCAACGGCAGCGACCGCAACCGGUGCCGCCGCCAGCUCCUCCAACCUUGUGAUCAACGAUAUGAGCACCUCACUCAGCUCGUACUUCGAGGAAGACCGCUAUCUGCAGAUGAUUCAGUAGACAGCUGCAGAGCUUUAUUUUAUGUGUUUCUUUAGGCAAAACUAGUUCGAUUAACAAAUGCAACAAUGACUCAUCGAUUGAGACUUACUGUAGAUUUAAGGACUGUAUACAAGUAGUGAUAAUUUGUGCGUUUCCCCCGUUUAUUCGGAAUAUCCAGUAGAUGAUAGGCUUUAAUCGUAGAAGUUGAGAACAGUGAUCCGAACGACCCCCGAUUUCAUUCAGAGUGCGUGUUGUGUGUAUUUUGUCAUGUAGACUUGUUAAGAUUUCUAGUAAGUUAAGCGAUCCGACCGAUGCAUUUUUUAGGAAUAAGAUUUGGGUUCCCCGUGCGGACGUAAAAAGCGGGUUUCGUAGAUUUCCGCCCCCCGACUUCGUUCAUGGUGCCUUUCUUCGUGUCUUCCUAUCGUUUAAGAAGUUUCGGUAAGCGAAUUUAAUAGUAAAUAACACAACGGAUGAUUUUUUAUCCAUGAAUACAAAUCUCAUCGGCAGAGGGAAUAUUGAGAACAAUACAAGAGAUUGAACAGAGUCUUAAUUAGUGUGUAAGUGAACGGUAGUUUUUUUUAUUGUAAAAAUUUUUCUCCACGAGUCUUUUCGUGUCAUUAUUGUAAAUAGGAACUUCGCGAUUUUUAGACUUUUAAGUGAUUUAAGACAAUCGACGAAUAAAUU